UUGUUUUGUAACUUUGCUGGUGUAUGGGAAGUUUGUUCACGUCCUUAUAGUGGGGACUUGCUUUGUAAUGACACCAGACAUGCGUAAAACUCAACCAGAGCACAAAAAAGGCAUUUACAGUAGUAAACUUUGCACAAAAGAAUAUAAGAUUAUUUCAUCAUCUGAAUCGUUCCUUAAGACUUUAUUUAGAGUUUCUCAUAGAUUCAUUUCUCCAGGGAUGUAAUCCAGGCUCCAAAACGUAAACUGACACUUGAGCACUGUGUGUGGCACGCUGGCACGCUCUGAUGGAAAAAGCAUGCUUCCUCUCAUGUCAGAGCCCUAACCCUGAACAGAUCCCAAACAAAUGAACACUGCAGGACCCCUUCUCCCAUACACCUUUACGAAAUAACACCACUACCAGGCAUCGUCACUGUUUGUAGGUACACAUGAGGACAAAGGGAAUCAUUUUAAGUUGUCCAAAAUGUGUCGCUUUAUUCAUCGUGGUUUAGAACGUUAUCGUGCCAAAUAUUUGUCUGAACAAUGUAUUCAGAGGUGUUUUGGAAAGUGAGUCGUGGGAGGAGAUUUGUCUUACUCCACUGCGCUGUGUCCGGCUUCUAGUCUGGAUCCUGGCCAGAUGGGGAGGGAGUAGUUCCUGGCGAUUUCUUGGAGGGAUUUGGGGGGAUAGAGGGGCAGAGAGAGAUUUAAGAAUUGAUAGGUGGUCGAGUUGUGUUUGGCCGAGUGGAUAUGCGCAAGCAAAGUCGAGGAGCUUUAUUUCCCCUCUCUUGUGGGAUUAUUGCCAGCGAUGGACAGAGAGAGGAAGGAGGAACAGCGGCUGGUGUUUCUUGAUUUUCACGGUUAUAAACACGCAGAGCAUCGCAGAUGGACACUGACUUUUUAAUUAUCGCAGUAGGGAACCUUUUAAUAGCGUUUGAAAUAUAGAAAAAGUUAGUUAUCCAAGUGUUAUAGAGCCCCCGCAGUGAACUGAUCCAAAAAGAGGCGCAACCAUGACGACCGAGAUCACCAAGCAACCUUUGGAUCCUUCUAAUCCUCUGCGCUCCAGUCCAGCGGCCGGUGCUCUGAACGCAGCUCCGCUGGGCGCACAGCCGGUGAUGGAGAGCGCGCAGAAUGCAUCAACCAAAUGGAAAAAGGGAAACUCUGGCUUGAGGCGCCCUGAAAAGCCUCCCUACUCGUAUAUUGCCCUCAUUGUGAUGGCAAUUCAGAGUUCUCCGUCCAAAAGGCUUACUUUGAGUGAAAUCUAUCAGUUCCUGCAGGCCCGCUUCCCUUUCUUCAGGGGAUCAUACCAGGGAUGGAAAAACUCCGUCAGACACAACCUGUCUCUGAACGAGUGUUUUAUAAAGCUACCUAAGGGUCUCGGUAGACCAGGCAAGGGGCACUACUGGACCAUCGACCCGAGUAGUGAGUUUAUGUUCGAGGAGGGCUCCUUUCGUCGCAGACCUCGGGGAUUCCGUAGGAAAUGCCAAGCUUUGAAACCAAUGUACAGGAUGAUGAAUGGUCUCGGGUUUGGUGCGUCCAUGCUGCCGCAAAACUAUGAUUUCCAGUCACCUUCAGGCUCAUUAGCAUGUCAUAACAGCUACAACAUAGACUUGAUGGGUAAUACAGUGCCAAGUGGCUUCGAGGGACUCGGAGGGGGACAUCACGUCCCACAUAUGUCAUCGGGCUCCGGGUCAUCCUACAUGGCCGCAUGUCAGGUGGCCUCCAAUGCGGACUAUUGCCCGGACAGCAGCAGCAGCCCUCUGCAGUCUCCCCCAGCGAUGGUAGGCACUUUGGACUGUCAGUCUCCUUAUGCAAAUGCAGCCUCACACUGGAGUUCAUCUGGUGUAUCUUCAUACAUCAAACAGCAGUCGCUGGCAUCAAGCAGCCCCUCUUCUUCUGCUCUGCACGCGGGAAUGCCAUCUUACUCCCUGGAUCAAGGCUAUCUGCACCAUAAUGCACGAGAUUCCUCUGACAUUUCAGUGGGACUGUCUCGGUACUCCGGCCACUCAGCUCCUGUGUGCGACAGGAAGGAUUUCGUUUUGAACCUAAACGGAAUGUCUUCUCUCCAUCCCAGCACCGGCGGAUCUUACUAUCAUCAGCUUCACCAUCAUCACCAAAGCGUCUACCAGGACGUAAAGCCGUGUGUCAUGUGACAAAACACCAGAGACAGAACUGCCGAGAACGUUUCUGCUAAAGUCAGCCCUCAGGUGGACUUAUUUCAACAGAAUCUUUGGUGACUUUGGGUGAAAAUUGUGUCAGAGAAAUAUCUCUUCAGUGAACUUUGACCUUUUUUUUUUAACCGUUCAGUAAUAAUGUGAGGACUUGUUCACACUCUCAUUACAUGCCUGCCUUUUACACACAGAAGCAAUAUCAACAUUUUUACUGAAAAAAUACAUAACGUACACGUACCUGAAUUAAUCUUUACUCAUGCACUUAAUUUUGUUUCUGAAGUUGCUGAAAUUGUUGCUGAUUUCCUGCAGAAAGCCAUUAAAGAGAUUUAUUUUUAAAGGAUAAUUUGGAAGUGUUUAGUGUCUUUAGCAAUAAAUGUUCAGCACUGCA